GUUUUCAACUCGGCAGGGUUGGUCACUACAACAAAAAUAACUCAUGCUACCCCAGCAGCGGCUUACGCACAAGUACCUGACAGAGGUUGGGAGAGUGACACUAAAAUACCUGUGGAAUAUAGAUCGUGCGUCAAAGACAUUGCUAGGCAACUCGUGGAGGAUGCCCCAGGAAAGGAUCUAAACGUUAUUUUUGGUGGAGGCAUGUGUCCGUUUGAUGAAUGCAGAUCUGACAAUCAAAGUUUGAUUUCAAAUUGGGAGCAAAGAGCAAACGCCGAAAAGAAGAAAAGCAUGUUUGUGAUGAACAAAAUUCAGAUGGACCAACUUACAAAUGAAACAAAAGUAUUAGGCCUGUUUAAUUCAAGUCACAUGUCCUUUGAUUUGGAAAGAGAUAAAACUAUAACAGGCCAACCUUCAAUUGCUGAGAUGACGGCCAAGGCAAUUAGUUUACUUCAAAACGGUGAUAAGGGAUUCUUUUUAUUAGUGGAAGGAGGAAGGAUAGAUCAUGCCCACCACUUAAAUUUAGCAAAAUUAGCUCUGGCCGACGCAGUAAGCUUUGAAAAAGCGGUUCAAACUGCCUUAAAUAUGACUUCUAGCAACGACACGCUUAUAGUUGUGACUGCUGAUCAUUCACACACAAUGACAAUCAAUGGCUAUCCUGAUAGAGGAAAUGACAUUUUAGGACUCAAUAAACACACACAUAAGAAUGCUUAUGCAACCGAAACACUCACUUAUGCGAAUGGGCCGGGAUUUUUAAAGCACAGGAAAAAUGGGACCAUCGAAAAGGGAGAAUACCCUUGGAAUGACCCAUCAACACUGACCGACCGAAAUGAUAAUGGAUACAGUCACUUUGCUCCUAUCUACACGGCAUAUGCAUCUCAUGGAGGAGAGGAUGUGGCAAUCUUUGCAAAUGGCCCCUUUUCACAUCUUUUCAACGGCGUCUAUGAACAGAAUUAUAUCGCACACGCCAUCAGCUGCGCCGGCCAAAUUGGUCCAAGUGCAGACUUGUGCAAACCAAGCAGUUCAUCAUCUACACACUUUGGCUUCGAGUCUUUUUCAUUCGCGUCUUUGCUAAUAUUUAAAUUAGUUCUUGCAACAUUGUUUUAA